AUGGACGUCGAGGCGAUGGAGGAUGAUGAUGAUGAUGAUGAUGAUGAUGAUGAUGAUGAUGAUGAUGAUGAUGAUGAUGAUGAUGAUGAUGAUGAUGAUGAUGAUGAUGAUGAUGAUGAUGAUGAUGAUGAUGAUGAUGAUGAUGAUGAUGAUGAUGAUGAUGAUGAUGAUGAUGAGGAAGAGGAGGAGGAGGAGGAGGAGGAGGAGGAGGAGGAGGAAGUGGGUUAUAGUGGGAUUCGUGCGCGCGGCCAGUUAUAGUUGCCGGCAUGGAGGAUGACGCAGAGUUGGACAGGGAGACCGCAGCUGGUGUAGUCGGGGUGGUAUGAUGUCCUGCAAGGCCGAUUGGUGCCCGGAGUGUCCGCUGGCAGCGUGGACAGGUCGGGCGUGGUUGAACGUUGGCGUUGCGAGGUGGAUGCAAUUAAGAUUUGCGAGCCUCACGUUUGGGUUUGGCGGCAGCGAUGCGUUUGUCUUCACUGUCCUCCUCGAGGUCGGUCGGUCUCGGGCGAGGUCCUCCUAGUCAGUCGGGUUGAUUUGCAGGCGUUUCAAUGAAUUCUUCAGAAUGUCCUUGUAACGAUCGACUUGACCUCAUUGUUGGCGGGCACCCGUGACAGCAUCCCCUGAGAGGAGUCGUUUUGACAGCCGCUCCUCGUCUAUCCACUCGAGGUGGCCGCUCCAACGCAUUUCCAGCUGUCUCAGCAAGGCGUAGAUGCUGAGGAUUCCCGUCCGCUCCAGUACAUACGUGUUCGGGAUCCGGUGCUGUCACCUCAGGAUCAGUAUCUGUGGAGGACAGCUGAGGUUGAAAUGACUGAGUCUUCGCGCCUAUUUCGUGUAGACCGUCUCCUCUCUAUACAGCAGCGUCAGCAGGAUGAGUGCCUCGUACGUCUUCAGUUUGGCGUGAUUUGUAAACCGUGA